AGAAAAUCCACGGACGUCCACUUUACCACACCUCACACCCAUCACAUCACCACCCACCCCAUCACCACCCAUCCCCAUCACACCCACCAGCAUCCUUCAGCCCACUGACAAUGACGGAGAACGCAAGCAACGACAAAGUGGAGGAGGAGCAAGAUACUCCUUGGACGGACGAUCGAGUACGAUGGCAUGAAGAGUUUCAAGAGGAGCACGAGAAACAACAAGCUACUACCAAUCAAGCAGACGACGACGAGGAAGAAGAAGAAAGUGCCUUUAUCGACCCAUUCAAAGACCCAGAUCCAUUUCAAUCAUUUCAAUUUUCGUUUCAGGUGGACACUUCCAAAAUAACAACGACGUGUACCAAAAGUGGUGGGGAUGAUGAUGAUCAUCGAAAAGACCAACACCAAGAAAACGAAGAAACAAUCAAGGAAGCAUCCAGAACUGUCGACAUUGAAAUUCGUGGUUACAAGACGGGUGCUGAUCAAGUUUGGAAAUCGACUGGUCUGACACUGUGGCGAGCUGCAGAGCACCUAUGCCAAUACAUGGCCAAAAAUCCUGACAUUUUCCAAGGAAAGAGCGUUCUGGAGUUGGGUGCUGGUUUGGGACUGUGUGGCAUUUUGGCCCACAAGCUGGGGGCAAGGAAGGUUUGCAUCACGGAUGGAGACUCGGAUGCGUUGCUACAUCUCAGGGAAAAUGUCAAUACAAACAAAACUGCAACAACAAUAAACACAUUACCAACAAACAAUAAUACCGUCUCGGCUCAUCAAUUGAUUUGGGGAAAGGACACUACGGAGAGAUUUCUUCGGUCCAAACAACAGCAACAACAACCAUUCGAUGUCUUGAUUGCUUCAGACAUUAUUUAUGCAAGAUGCAUCGUGGAACCUCUGUGGGAGACUGUCGACUUGCUGUUGAGUCGUCGUCAAGACAACAAUCCACCAGCAGUCUUUGUCAUGGCAUACGCCAAACGAGAAGUCCCCGUGUCCAUUGAAUUCGUCCUGGAAUACGCACAAGCAGCCGGAUUCUCACACAAACUUGUGGAUGAACAUCCCGAUGGCAUUUGGGUUUAUAUCUUUCAAAGAAACAACAACACCAACACAGCACUGUAACCUAGCUACCUACCUACUAAUAACACGUUCAACUGACUUUGAAUUUAGUUGACGAAGUGACAAGCCGUUUCGUACUCACAGAGACACAAACAU